AUGUCUCUCUUCGGCUACUUGUCUCUCGGCAGCAACGACAGAACAGCAGAGGCAACGGGCCCCAGCUCCCCCGGCGCCCGCCCACAGCAGCCCGACUGGGAACAGUCAAAUGUCACUGCGCAAGAACGCCGCCAAAGUCAAAGCGGGCGGCGCGCGUCGUUAUUAUCAAAGGACAGCUCCGGGCGCCCUUCGCCGUCGGAGAAGGAUGCCGUCGCGGAGAAGCUAGAAGCCUACGAAACUCCUUCAGACUCGGACAAGGACAGAGACGCGUAUACCGAUGCUCAGAUCACCCAACUCGCCCGAUCCUACACCCAACAAUCCACCUGGAGCAACAUCCCGGACUCUCCCUUCAAUCCGGAAGCGGGGAGCGCGCUCGAUCCCAACACCAACAACUUCAAGCCUCGACAAUGGGUCAAGUCCAUCAUUAAAUUACGGGAUGCCGAGAACGUGAACCCCGGCCGCACAGCCGGUGUGGCAUUCAAGAAUCUGAACGUCCACGGCUUUGGCGCUGCCACCGACUACCAAAAGGAUGUCGGCAAUGUCUGGCUGGAAGCCAUUGGAAUGGUAAGGGGACUGCUCGGACUCGCGAAGCCACGCAGAAUCGACAUCCUGCGCGAUUUCGAGGGUGUCGUGAAUCAUGGCGAGAUGCUCGUCGUCCUCGGCCCUCCCGGCUCCGGUUGCUCCACCUUCCUCAAGGCCAUAUCCGGCGAGUCGCACGGAUUCUUCAUCGAUGAAAGCUCUUACCUCAACUACAAAGGCAUCCCGCCCGAGAAGAUGCACAAGUACUUCCGUGGUGAAGCCAUCUACACAGCAGAGGUGGACGUCCACUUUCCCCAGCUCAGCGUUGGCGAUACCCUUCAUUUUGCUGCCCGUGCAAGAGCACCAAAGAAGAUCCCCGGCGGCCUGAGCGUCGACGAAUGGGCAAACACCCUGCGGGAUGUGGUGAUGGCUACGUUCGGCAUCAGUCACACCAAGAACACCCGCGUGGGCAAUGAUUUCGUGCGUGGAGUCUCGGGUGGUGAACGAAAGCGGGUCACCAUCGCAGAGGCCACUCUCGCUGGCGCUCCGUUGCAAUGCUGGGACAACUCCACCAGAGGUCUGGACAGCGCUAACGCCAUUGAGUUUUGCAAGACCGUCCGACUGAGCACGGAGCUCGCCGGCACCACCGCCUGCGUUGCCAUCUACCAAAGCCCGCAAGCCGCGUUUGACGUCUUCGACAAGGCCAUUCUCCUUUACGAGGGCCGGCAAAUCUUCUUUGGCCCCGCGGUUAAAGCUCGUGGCUAUUUCGAAGCCUUGGGAUUCGAUUGCCCCGAGCGUGCCACCACGGCCGAUUUCCUGACGUCCAUGACGUCUCCGCAAGAACGACAGGUACGGCCAGGGUUCGAGGGUAAAGUCCCUCGCACCCCCGACGAUUUCGCCGCCCGAUGGAAGGCGAGUCCGGAGCGAGCGGCCCUCAUGAAGGAGAUUGACGCGUACGACAAGGAGUAUUCUUUCGAGGGCGAGCACUACAACCAAUUCGUCGAAAGUCGAGUUGCCCAACAAGCCAAGCGCCAGCGCAUGAAGUCCCCCUUCACCCUCUCCUACGGCCAACAAGUUCGCCUCUGUCUUCGCAGAGGUUUCUGGCGCCUCCGUGGUGACCCGUCUCUGCUCUACACUCAGCUCUUCGGCAACGCAGCCAUCGCGCUCAUCUUGGGAUCGGUCUUCUACAACAUGGCUCCCACUGUUGACACCUUCUUCCAACGAGGCGCCGUGCUGUUCUUCGCUGUCCUCCUCAACGCAUUCGGCUCCGCCCUCGAAAUCUUGACCCUCUACGCCCAACGCCCAAUCAUCGAGAAGCACAAUCAAUACGCCUUCUACCACCCUUCUGCCGAAGCUUUCGCCUCCAUGUUGACGGAUGUUCCCUACAAGCUGGCCAAUUCGGUCAUCUUCAACAUCAUCCUCUACUUCUUGGCAGGCCUUCGGAGGACUCCCGGCGCCUUCUUCUUUUUCUGGUUCAUCUCCCUCAUCUUGACCUUCACCAUGAGCAUGCUUUUCCGUACGAUUGCCUCCGUCUCUCGUACCCUCUCGCAAGCUCUGGCGCCCGCGGCUAUCAUCAUCCUCGCCAUCAUCAUCUUCACCGGCUUUGCGAUUCCCGUGCAAUACAUGCUGGGAUGGUGUCGCUGGAUCAACUACAUCGACCCUGUCGCCUACGGAUUCGAAAGUUUGAUGGUCAACGAGUUCCACGAUCGAAACUUCUCCUGCACUGCCAGCUACUACGUUCCUCCUUACGGCAAUCUCGCACUGGGCCAGAAAGUCUGCAACGUCGUUGGAGCCCGAGCGGGAGAGGACUACGUCUCUGGUGAUGCCUAUAUCAAUUCUUCUUACUCCUACUACUUCAAGGACAAGUACCGCAACAUUGGCAUCAUCUUUGCCUUUAUGGUCUUCUUGGGAUGCGUCUACCUUGGCGCAACGGAGCUGAUCAGCGCGAAGAAGUCGAAAGGCGAGGUGUUGGUGUUCCGCCGCGGUCACACUCCCGCCUCCCUCAAGGAACAGAAGGCUGAUGAGGAGGCUGCGGAUGAGCAUGCUGGAGGGGCCGCGCUCGCCAAGCAGGAAAGCUACACGGAAGCCACGGACAUCAUUCAGAAGCAGACGGCCAUCUUCAGCUGGAGAGACGUCUGCUACGACAUCAAGAUCAAGAAAGAGGAGCGACGCAUCCUGGAUCAUGUCGACGGCUGGGUCAAGCCUGGAACUCUGACUGCCCUCAUGGGAGUGUCAGGAGCUGGCAAGACCACUCUCCUCGACGUAUUGGCCACGCGUGUUACCAUGGGUGUUAUCUCGGGUGACAUCUGGGUCGACGGCCGCCAACGUGACUCUUCUUUCCAACGCAAGACGGGCUACGUGCAGCAGCAGGAUCUCCAUCUUCAAACCAGCACCGUCCGCGAAGCUCUUCGCUUCAGCGCUGUGCUCCGUCAACCCGCACACAUCCCCCAGAAGGAGAAGGUGGCGUAUGUGGAUGAAGUCAUCAAGCUUCUCGACAUGCAAGAGUACGCCGACGCCGUUGUCGGUGUGCCGGGUGAAGGUCUCAACGUGGAACAAAGGAAGCGCUUGACCAUUGGCGUCGAAUUGGCCGCCAAGCCGGAGCUGCUUCUCUUCCUCGACGAGCCGACUUCCGGUCUCGACUCCCAGACCUCCUACGCCAUUCUCGAUCUCCUGGAGAAGCUCAAGAACUCCGGCCAGGCCAUCUUGUGUACCAUCCAUCAACCCUCUGCAAUCCUCUUCCAACGCUUUGACCGUCUGCUCUUCCUGGCUGCCGGCGGGAAGACUGUGUACUUUGGCAAGAUCGGAGAGAACAGCCAAACGUUGAUCGACUACUUCCAAGCCAACGGCGCCCACAAAUGUCCCCCUGACGGCAACCCGGCAGAAUGGAUGUUGGAGGUCAUUGGUGCCGCUCCCGGUAGCCAUACCGACAUCGACUGGCGUGAAACCUGGCGGAACAGCAAGGAGUACAAAGAAGUUCACGAAGAGCUGGACCAUUUAGAGAACGUUCGUCCACAGGAAACCGCUCCGGUCGACAAGAAGCAGAAUGCAGAGGCCUACCGCGAGUUUGCCGCUCGAUUCCCCACGCAACUUUGGGAGGUGCAGAAGCGGGUGUUUUCCCAGUACUGGCGCACACCCAGCUACAUCUACUCCAAGUUCGCCCUUUGUCUCUUGUCCUCCCUCUUCAUCGGAUUCAUCUUCUUCAAGGCCCCCCUCUCCCACCAGGGCUUGCAGAACCAGCUCUUCUCCAUCUUCACGCUCUUCACGAUCUUCGGCCAGCUGGUGCAGCAAAUCAUGCCUCACUUCGUCACCCAGCGCGCACUGUACGAAGUGCGAGAGCGCCCGAGCAAGACGUACAGCUGGAAGGCAUUCAUGUUUGCAAACAUCUUUGUCGAACUGCCGUGGAACAGCUUGAUGGCGGUCAUCAUCUUCUUCUGCUUCUACUACCCCAUCGGCCUGUACAACAACGCCAUCCCGACGAACGCGGUCACGCUGCGCGGCGCGCAGUUCUUCCUCUUCACCUGGCAGUUCCUGCUCUUCGCCUCCUCCUUCACCAACAUGAUCAUCGCCGGCAUCCCGGAUGCGGAGACGGGAGGCAACAUUGCCAAUCUGCUCUUCUCCCUCUCCCUCAUCUUCUGCGGCGUCUUGCAAACCCCGCAAGGCCUCCCGGGCUUCUGGAUCUUCAUGUACCGCGUGUCGCCCUUCACCUACCUCGUCGAAGGCAUGCUCACCACCGGCAUCGCGAAUCAAAAGACCUACUGCGCGCCCAACGAGUUCGUCACCUUCCAGCCUCCUUCCGGAGAGACGUGCUACAACUACGUGGCGGCCUACAUGGCCGAGACGAGCGGGUAUCUGCAGAACAACAACGCAACGCGCGACUGUCAGUACUGCAGCUACAGCGAGACGAACCUCUUCUUGAGCGGCGUGUCGCUGCACUACAAGAACGCGUGGCGCGAUUUUGGCAUCCUUUGGGCGUACAUUAUUUUCAACAUCUUUGCUGCGGUCGGGAUUUAUUGGUUGGCGAGAGUGCCUAAGGGUGCUGGGAAAAAGAAGCAGGAGAAGAGUGGGCAGAAGCAGGAGGUGCAGGCUCAGAAGGAGUAA